UAUCACCUUCAGAAUGAAUGCUGUAUUGCAGUCUAUCUUCUUCAGACUACAACAAGUAUUCUGGACGUUUUUAACACUAGUGUAUUUGCUAAAAGAUCGCAUAGUCUAUGGCAAAAGUUGCUUUGUAGUCAAAGAACACCCAAAACCGAAAUGUCUUGACGGUUGGGAUGAGCGAAUUCUUCAGACAAAGAACGUUCGGCUUCAUUAUGUACAAACAGGUGGCGACGAGAGGCCCUUGCUUUUGAUGCUACAUGGUUUUCCUGAGUUUUGGUAUUCCUGGAGAUUUCAACUUAAUCAUUUUGCUGAUAAAUAUCGGUGCAUAGCAUUGGACCAACGCGGCUAUAAUCUUUCUGAAAAACCCAAGAAUACUGAAGACUAUAACAUUGAUUUCCUUGUUGAUGAUGUACGAGAGGUAGUGGAAAGGCUAGGUUACAAAAAAUUCUUUUUGAUGGGACAUGAUUGGGGAGCAGCUGUCGCUUGGAAGUUUGCUAUAGUCUACCCCGAGUUUGUUGAUAAACUGAUCAUCCUCAAUUUGCCACAUCCAAGUGCAUUUCCACGAAUCGUAGCGGCUAAUUCCGAGCAGAGGCUUAAGAGUUGGUAUAUGUUCAUGUUCCAAACGCCCAUACUUCCCGAGAUAGUUCUACAGAGUCGUGACCUUCACGUUCUCGAUGAGGGUUUUCGCGGUAAAGGAGGUAUCCGGAACAAACAAAAUUUUACCGAUGAAGAUCUGGAAGCUUACAAACACGUAUUUUGUCAGAAAGAUGCCUUUACUGGACCCGUGAACUAUUACCGUAAUAUUCUUAAAAGCGCAGCGAAACUCGGACAAGACAUCUGCAAGCCACCAACGCUUAUUAUCUGGGGAGAUCAAGACCAGUUUUUAGUCAAAGAAGGAGCUACAAUAAGUUUAGAGUUCUGUCAAAACGGCCAAUUGAAAUUCAUCGAAGGCGCUUCGCACUGGGUUAUGCAAGAUGAGCCAGAAAAAGUAAACGAAUACGUAGAGGAGUUCCUCGAAACGCCUAAUGAGAAAAACAAAAGCGAGAUCUCAUUAUCAAAGAUUUAA